CAGGAAGUCUGGGGCGGACGCUCAGGCAGAGCAGCCCCCACCUCCGUGAGGAAACGAAGUCCCCGCCCUGGGCUGUUGAGGCGUUAUGGCCGCUGGCGCGGAGACGGAGACGGGCACGGAGACGGAGGCCGAUGCCGAGGCCCCGCAACCCACCAGCGGAAUUACAGGGGCUAGGCGCAAGAGGCAUAAAGGCGGUGGUAUGGAACUCGCGGCGCCUUGUGUUCGGGUGCCUGUGGUGGACGUGCAGGUGGACAACUUCAAGGACAUGUGGCCUUCCAUCCUCCUGGCAAUCAAGACAGCCAGCUUUGUAGCCGUGGACACGGAGCUGAGCGGUCUUGGGGAGAGGAGGAAUUUGCUGAAUCAUUGCAUCGAAGAGCGAUAUAAAGCCGUGUCUCGUGCAGCCCGAACACGUUCCAUCCUCUCCCUGGGCCUGGCCUGCUUUAAGAGGCAGAGGUGCAAGGAUGAGCACAGUUACCUCGUGCAAGUGUUUAACCUCACUCUGCUGUGCAUGCAAGAGUACGUCAUUGAGCCGCAGUCGGUCCAGUUCCUGGUGCAGCACGGCUUUGACUUCAACCGCCAAUACACGCAGGGCAUCCCUUACCACAAAGGGGACGACAAGGGAGAUGAGAGCCACAACCAAGGGGUGCGGAUGCUGUUCCUGGAGCUGAUCCGCGCCCGCCGGCCGCUGGUGCUGCACAAUGGGCUGAUCGACCUGGCCUUCCUCUACCAGAGCUUCUAUGCCCACCUGCCCGACAAGCUGGUCACGUUCACUGCCGACCUCUUCGAGAUGUUCCCGGCCGGUAUCUAUGAUACCAAGUACGCUGCCGAGUUUCACGCCCGCUUUGUGGCCUCCUACUUGGAGUACGCCUACAGGAAGUGUGAACGGGAAAAUGGGAAGCAGCAGGCCAUUGGAGCCCCCCACUUGGUCCUGGAGUUCUGCAACUAUCCUUCCAGCAUGGACGCCCACAUAGACUACCGCUGCUGCCCUGUGCCUGAGGCCCAGCCGUCACUGAGCCCCAGCCUCUCUAACACCAGCAUCUGCGACACUUUCUCUGCUUACGGCUGGUGUCCCCUGGGGCUUCAGUGCCCUCAGUCCCAUGAUGUCGACCUCAUCAUCAGCACAGACGAGGCCAUGGAGGACAGAAGAAAGAGGAGGGGAAACCGGAGGAGAAAACGAUGGAAGGGACAGCCAGGCCGGCCUGGGCCCGGGGACGGGCCGACCCCCCAAAAACAGACAUGCAGGGAAGGCCACGGAGGCGAAGAUGGGGCCAGCAACCUAGAGAGCGAGGCUGAGGACGUGUCUUUGUCUGGCCCGGAGCCAGGUUCCAGUGAGGACAUGGAGCCAGAGCUGGAGCUGGACCUAGAGCCAGGGGAAGGAGCUGGGCAGAGCUCUGGGUCUUGGGGACCUGGGGUGGGGGGCGGGCUGCACCGUGCUGGCUUUGACGCCUUCAUGACAGGCUAUGUCAUGGCCUAUAUGGGGGUGAGUGGGGGCUCCUGGAAUGAGGACCCUUGGCUGCCAGAGUGCCACAAUAAAGUAUAUCUAAGUGGCAAGUCAGUGCCCCUGCCAAUCGCCAAGAGCCACUUCUCCAGGACCUCCAAAGCCCACAGUGAGAAGAUGAACCAGGCCUGGGGCAGCAGCUAAGCCGGUCUCCUUCCUGCCCGGCUCCAAGAGGGCCGUGGUUAGGGCCUGUGCUGGACAGUUAAAGCCUGACGUGACAGAGGCUUGAGGGGUCCAGGCUUGGGGCCCACGCCAGUCAACAUGAGUGAGGAGAGCGGGACUCCUGUGGACAGCACCCCCUUCCCAGGGGCCCAAGAAAGCCAAGUGUGACCAGCUACCUGCAACUCGUUUAAUUUGUAAAUCCGAAAGCAACUUAGUAAAGAUUUACCCAAAAAAAAAAAAAAAGGAAAGAAAUUAUGAAACAA